AGCUUGUGGAAUUGUGUCAUUUCUGGAUGUGGCCACUGGCUCAGCUCCCUGAAAGUCUGCCCUCCUUCAUGGGAAAUUUGGCCCCGUCUAGAUAUGGGCUAUACAUGGAGAAGGAGGAGAGUAUCAGUGUGUGUAUAACUACUUCUAUAAAUUUUGCAUGAUUUAUUUAUUGACAUUUACGUAUCCAAAUGAAUACAUAGUAAUAAUUACAACCAUAGCUAACACUUUUUGAGCACUGAUUAUGGGGCAGGCAUUUUUCUGAAUGCUUUCCAUAUAGUAACAUGUUUAAUCCUUGCAGCAAUCCUGUGAGAAAGAUGUUAUUAUUAGCUCCAUUUUACAGAUAAGAAAACUGAGUUGAGCCAGGUAAAAUAACUUGCCUAAAGUCCUACAGCUGACAAGGGGUGGAGCCAGGAUUUAAAUCCAGUCAGUUGAGCUUCCUAGACCAUGCUCUUAACCCACCCUACACUGCCUCUUUUCUGCAGUAUUUAUAGUUUGGUGAUCUAGGCAUAAAAAGCAUUUAGUGAAGGGACAUUAUCCAAGUUAGCAUCAUCCACAGAAUAAGGAGGCAGUAAGUGUCCAGUAGUUAGAAGAGGUGAUGAUGCUGAUGGUGGCAGCUGUAACUACACCAAAGUUGAGCAAACGUUGUUGGGUUUUACCAUUUGGGAUUUAGAGACAGUGUCUUGUGUUGGAACCACAGCUUUGCUGCUUACUGUGUGACCUCAGUCACGUUACUUAACCUCUCUGAUUCUUUUCUGUAAAAUGCAGACAAUGCUAACCACAUCAUUGCAGGGAGAUGGGUCUGUGAGGAUUAAAUAAUACAAUUUACAAAAAGCAUCAAGCAUAGCCUCAGACGUAUAGUAAGUGUUCAAUAAAAGUGACCUUUAUUUUUUAGCCAUUUGGCCUAUUCUCAGUGCAUAAAUAAUCCAAGAUAAUUACUUGCAUUUCCAAAGAAAUUAAAGAUGAAACCACAUCCAGAUUAGAUCUAUACUUUUCAGUUAGUCCUGAGUUCUUCCUUUUCCAGCUAGUCAGGCCUGGCUUUUGUUCAAGUCCUGGUUAGCUUUUGACCUACAAGUAAGCUACCCUAAUUUCCAUAACUGGAAUUUCCGCCUUCCUCUGGAGGGUCAUGUCGGCCGGCCGGACUCACCCAGUCUAUGUGACAGCCUUCAGGGGCACUAAUCAGGACCUCUGUGUGGAGCCUGCGAGGAGCUCCUCUCAGCUCUGCCCUUCUCCUCUCUCCUGCUGCCUGCUCCUGAUGCAAAAGCUGGGUGUACCUUGUGCAUUACAGCUACCCCGUCCCCCCAGAGUGCCUCCCGCUGGGGAAUGUGGCAGAGGAUCUGGAUAUAAUUGAUAGAAGCAGCUGGCACAGGCACUUCCUACAAAGGCAUUGGCUCCAGUGGGCGUGUUGGUCAAUUUAGACAGUUUCCAAAAUCCCUAACGUGGAGGAUAUUUAUUUAUUUUUCCUCUCUACUGGGAAUGUGGAGAGGACCUUCCUGAGCAUCCCAGGAAAUCCACAGUGUGACAUUCCAGUCUUUGCAGAUGAGAACAUGCCCCACUGACAAUGCCAUCCUCAGCCCUGAUUUUAAGCGACAGUCUGGGCGAGAUUAAAUGGAGGUUUAUCUUUGAGUGACCGGAGUUAUUUUUGUUUUCGUCAGCUGGGACUAUUGUAAUUAAUGCUAAGACAUUGGCGGGAACAAGGCUUUUAUUAUAAUUCGAGGGUGAGGAUGGCUUUGACUGACCUUUCUCCUGCUGGAGUUUCAGUGUUUUAGUAUGUGCUGCUUGCGCUGGAAAGAAUUUAUAAUCACAGGCUGUCAAAGACAGCCAUUGUUCUCACGGCUCUGAACAUGUGGGUCAGCCACAAGUGCUUUCAGCUCCCCCAGCGCCAAGAGCUGGCCGAGAGCGAGAGCGAGAGCAUGCCUGGAUUCUUCUGAGGCAUCAGGAAAAGCAUUUUGCAUAUUUUUCAUUGCCGUUUUUUUUUUUUUUUAACUUUUUGCUUCAGAAAGACAGCUUCCUUUCAGAGCAGACAUUUCCCUUCAAGGUAGCAGGAGAUGGAAGCAUGCUCCUCCAGGAUUUCACGGAACUGAUUCUGCUGCAAAAACAAAUGCUGUGUGCAUUUGCCAGAUAGCAUACCCAGGAGCAGUCGCCGGCUGACCUAGGGGCUGGGUCCCACAAAAGACAUGCAGUUAUGGAUUCCGAGAGACGGGUCAAGGAGACGGAUGACAUUGAGAGUCCUAAACGUAGCAUCCGAGACAGUGGCUACAUUGAUUGCUGGGACUCGGAGCGCAGCGACUCCCUCUCUCCCCCUCGGCACGGCAGAGAUGAUUCCUUCGACAGCCUGGACUCCUUCGGCUCACGUUCCCGGCAGACGCCUUCGCCAGAUGUAGUCCUCAGGGGAAGCAGCGAUGGGAGAGGAAGUGACUCUGAAUCUGACUUGCCACAUCGGAAGUUGCCAGAUGUGAAGAAGGAUGACAUGUCUGCGAGGCGGACUUCCCAUGGUGAGCCGAAAUCAGCCGUGCCUUUUAACCAGUACCUCCCGAACAAAAGCAAUCAGACGGCAUAUGUCCCCGCUCCUCUGAGAAAGAAGAAAGCAGAGCGAGAGGAAUAUCGGAAGAGCUGGAGUACCGCCACCUCCCCCCUGGGUGGGGAGAGGCCUUUCAGCUAUCCUGAAACAAUAGAGGAAGAGGGAAGUGAAGUGGGGUCUUGUGAAGAGAACCCCGUCGUCCAGAUGGAUCCUGGUGGGAAGUCUUCUGAUGGUGGGUUAGAGUUACCCACUAGCAGUGGUAAGGAGCAGCCUUCUCCAGAGGCGGCGGUGGUGGCACCAGCUCCCAAGUCUGAAGAAAAAGAUGCUGCUGAGAUCCAAAAGCGCAGAAGGCUAGAGCAAGCUGGAAUCAAGGUCAUGCCAGCAGCACAGCGCUUUGCCAGUCAAAAGCAAUUAAGUGAUGAGAAAGAAGCCGUUCGCGAUAUUAUCCUUCGCAAAGAAAACCCUUUCCUGACCCACCAACACGGCAAAGAUUCGGAGUCAGAAGAUGAAGCUGCACGUCGACUGCCUGAUCUUGAGAAAGAUGACUUUGCUGCAAGAAGAGCAAGGAUGAACCAGACCAAGCCAAUGGUGCCACUGAAUCAACUCCUCUAUGGGCCCUACCCAAAAAAAGAGGUGAAGAAAUCAGAUGGCAGCAGACAACUCUCAAAGGGAACCUCAGAAAAGAAAAGUCUAGAAUAUAAAAGAAGUCAGGGCCAAACAGAAGAGGUGAAGUCGAUGGUGACCUGUAUUAUGCGGGCUCAGGAGAGUGAACCUGCGGAAGAGGGACUCAGGAAGGUGCCAGAUCUUUACAAGGAUGACCUGGCGCAGCGGAGAAUUCAGGGCAGCCUUGCCCCUCACCGUGAGGCCCCGAGCUUUGUCACAGUCUCCAAAAUAACAGAAGCCGACUUGGAGACGUGGGAGAGACUGAAAGUGUCAGGAAAGACGAGGGAUGGAGGUUUUGAGCACAUCUGUGCCCCUGAACCUUCACCAGAAAUUAAAGCAGAGACUGCCAUCCGUGAUGACUUUGCCAGCCGCAAAGCAAGGGCCUAUAAGACAGCUGCCAGCCCCAGGCAGAAGUUUGUGCACUUUGGACCAGUAACAGAGAUAGAUCAGCAGAAAUGGAAGCGUCUCAGCAUUGGCAAGGCCGGGCCUAGGGAGGAUGCAGAAGUCAUCAGUCAUGGCAGCAAGAUUCAACCUUACUCUGUGUCCUCCGCCGCAGCGGCCACGUCUAGCUUAGAGGAAGACCGAACACUUAAUCCACAAAAUGACCUCAGAAUAGUGACUUCUGGCAUAGAUGACUAUUGCAAAAGGGUCUCACGGCUGGCUCCUGUGCUGGAGUCCCAGGAGGAACAUGUCUGCAGUUUGGGCGAGGGCCCACCAGAGGAAGUUACAUGCAAACAGCUGCCACAGGACAGCAAAGAAGAGAAUGAAGGAGUUGCUCAAAGAGAUUCUGAGAUGCUGCCAAAGGCUGAGAGAUCUGAGGAGAGCAGCCAGCCACUUUCGUGUCCUCUGGCCUCUGAAUGCGAGGCUUCGGAGAAAGAAGAGAGCUCAGAGAAGGUGACAGCUCCUGCCUGGAGUGGCAGUGGACUAAGAGGCCAAAGAAAGUUGUAUGAUUCACAAAAAGAUGACAUGAUGGCCAGGAGAACUGGCAUGUCUUUUAGACACACUGGAUCCAACCCAAACCAGUUCCUUCCGGUUCCAUUUGCAAAGCGACAAGAUGUGGAAGAAUCUGCCAAAGUUCCACCAAUGAAAGAUAAGAGAUACGGUCUGAGAACUCCUGUGUCUGAUGACGCAGAGAGCACGAGUAUGUUUGACAUGCGGUGUGAGGAGGAGGCCGCGGUGCAGCCGCACAGCAGGGCCCGCCAGGAGCAGCUGCAGCUGAUAAAUAACCAGCUGCGGGAAGAGGACGACAAAUGGCAAGAUGACCUGGCUCGUUGGAAGAGCCGUAGAAGAAGUGCUUCUCAGGACUUAAUCAAGAAAGAGGAAGAAAGGAAAAAAAUGGAGAAAUUACUGGCUGGCGAGGAUGGGACAAGGGAACGAAGGAAAAGCAUCAAAACCUACAGAGAAAUUGUUCAAGAAAAAGAGCGGAGAGAGAGGGAGUUGCAUGAGGCGUAUAAGAACGCACGGUCCCAGGAGGAGGCUGAGGGGAUCCUUCAGCAGUACAUCGAGAGGUUCACCAUCAGUGAGGCUGUUCUUGAACGCUUGGAGAUGCCAAAAAUUCUGGAAAGAAGCCAUUCAACAGAGCCAAACUUAUCCUCCUUCGUGGACGACCCCAACCCCAUGAAAUACCUGCGGCAACAGUCACUGCCUCCACCUAAAUUCACUGCCACUGUGGAAACCACCAUCACUCGUCCCAGCGUUCUGGAUACCAGCAUGUCAGCAGGCAGUGGGUCUCCAAGCAAAACUGUAACUCCCAAAGCAGUGCCUAUGCUGACGCCCAAGCCUUACUCCCAGCCCAAAAACUCUCAAGAGGUUCUGAAGACCUUUAAGGUAGAUGGGAAAUUCAACAUGAAUGGAGAAAUGGUUCAUGGCGAUGAGGAGGAGAAGGAAAGAGAGUGUCCCACAGUGGAGCUGGCCCCCUCGUUAACCAAAUCCCAGAUGUUUGAAGGUGUGGCCAAAGUGCAUGGGUCCCCCGUGGAGCUGAAACAAGACAGCAAUAGCAUCGAGAUCAACAUAAAGAAGCCAAAUUCUGUUCCCCAAGAACUGAUGGCAACCACUGAGGAAACUGAACUGAACAGUCAAGAAGAUGAGAAUGAUGGUGAAAAAACAGAAAAAGGGAAUACAGAACUUGCCUCAUCAGAGCCACAGCAUUUUACAACCACUGUGACUCGAUCCAGCCCGACUGUGGCCUUUGUGGAGUUUCCCUCCAGCCCCCAGCCGAAGAACGACGUGCCAGAAGAAAAAGACCAGAAGAAACUGGAAAAUGAAAUGAGCGGAAAGGUGGAAUUGGUGCUGUCACAAAAGGUGGUAAAGCCAAAAUCUCCAGAGCCAGAAGCAACCCUGACGUUUCCAUUUCUGGACAAAAUGCCUGAAACCAACCAAUUGCAUUUGCCAAAUCUCAAUUCUCAAGAGUCGCCUGGCAUUGCCAGCGUUCCGCUUAGAGUUCAGAACUCUUGGCGACGUUCCCAGUUUUUCUCCCAGUCAGUGGAUUCUCCAGGCAGUGAAAAGUCCCCUGUAACUACACCUCAGUUUAAGUUCUGGGCAUGGGACCCAGAAGAGGAGCGCAGGCGACAGGAAAAAUGGCAACAGGAGCAGGAACGUUUGCUCCAGGAGAGAUACCAGAAGGAGCAGGACAAGCUGAAAGAAGAAUGGGAAAAGGCCCAAAAGGAGGUGGAAGAGGAAGAACGCAGAUACUAUGAGGAGGAGCGCAAGAUAAUUGAAGACACUGUGGUUCCAUUUACUAUUUCUUCAAAUUCUGCAGACCAGUUGUCUACAUCCUCCUCCAUGACUGAAGCCAGUGGGACAGUGAAUAAGAUGGACUUGGAAAACUGUCGAGAGGAAGAAGAGACAAGACAGAAGAAACCAUUCCAGGAGGACAACAAUGAUUUAUUGCUUAAGACUAGAGAAGGUGAUCCAGUGGAGGAAAAGGGCAGCCUAACUCAAGGGGCCUUGACUCAUUCUGAGAACCCCGGAUCAAAAGGAAUCCAUCAGGGUGAUCAGUGGGAUGCAGAAGCUGGGGCCCCACCCUGUGGGGUGAACCCACAGCUAGCUCAGGAUCCAUCCCAGAAUCAGCAGGUAUCAAACCCACCGAUGCACGUUCUAGAAGAUGUGAAGCCAAAAACUCUCCCAUUGGAUAAAAGCAUUAACCAUCAGAUUGAGUCUCCAAGUGAAAGGCGGAAGAAAAGCCCUCGAGAGAACUUCCAGGCGGGCCACUUGUCCCCCUGUUCUCACACCCCUCCUGGCCAGUCACCAACCAGGUCUAUAAGUGGGAAGAAACUGUGCUCUUCCUGUGGGCUUCCUUUGGGGAAAGGAGCUGCAAUGAUCAUUGAGACCCUCAAUCUCUAUUUUCACAUCCAGUGCUUUAGGUGUGGAAUUUGUAAAGGACAGCUUGGAGAUGCAGUCAGUGGGACAGACGUUAGGAUUCGAAAUGGUCUUCUAAACUGUAAUGAUUGCUACAUGCGAUCCAGAAGUGCUGGCCAACCCACAACGUUGUGACUUGGUUUUCAAGCUUCCAGAUCACUCACCAUUUCUUUAUUGAGAGUGUCCUCUGGCAAUCGUUUAACAAAAUCCCAACUUCAGGGACUUCUCAUUAUUCAUCAUCUAAUUUCUGAAAGGCUAUUCUAAAAGAUGGUAUCUGUUCUUUUGUAGCACAGUGUUUGUUUUGUUUUUCCUGGUUUUUUUUUUUUUUUUUUGCAUUUGCACAGUAUAUACAAAAGAAUAUUGAAUUGUAAUGGUCCUGAAUAGUUCAAAAAAGGUCUUAGCAUGGUCAAACAGGCUUACGGUUUAAAAAGUGUUAUUCUCUUCUUUGGGGAUUAAUGAGAUAAAUGAUGCAAUGAAUCUGUUUUGUUUUAGUAUUUCUAGGAAUUAAACACUUUAUGUUUACAGAAUCGAGCCGCAGAAAGUGCAAGACAUGCCAAUUUGAGACGUGGUCUUCUAAGACAGGAGCAUACAAUUAAUGCAUUUCAGAAACUAAAAAUCACACCAUAUAGCACUGAGCUAUAACUUGUUUUUAAUGCAAAGUUGCUAGUCUGAUAAUAUAUACUGUAAUCCUGAAACAUUUGUGUUACUUACCUUUUGAAGUAGAAAUCAUACCAAUAAAUUAUUGCACCGUUAGUAUUAGAUUUUGUGUACUUUGGAAGUUAUGUCAUUAAUAUAGGCUGGUCUGUCAAAUAAAGAGAACCCUUGCAAUAUUGGCGAGACUUACACUCUGGGACGUUGCCCAAGGGUAGGAAGAAACCAGAGGGAAAUAUUUCAGUCAUCAUUUCCAAAGUUAUUACCAAAAUCUAUGAGGAAGUUUCAUCUUCAAAAGACUGGUGGGUUGAUGAUAGCCAUGAGGGCUUCGUUUCUUGCUUCUCUUCAGGCUCUAGAUUCAAUAAGAGACUUAACAUGAGGCACGUGGAAGCUCCCGUCGAGAUAAGUCCAUCAUUAGGUGUGACCACUGCUCACCCUUGCCUACAAAGUUCUCCUUGAGGGCCUGAAGCACAGGUGUCUAAAGAAAAGUACUAAGUCCAUCCUAAUAGAAUCCAAAUGCAACAAGAUGUGAUAAGCCACUGGUGUGUGAUCAGCAAGAACCAACAGCUCACACUGUGCCCUGCCCACUCUAACAGAUAUCUGCUCUCCUUCAUUCUCCUCCAUCACCAACUCUCUGUACUAUCAGGAACUCUGGACCUUGCUCGUGGAGAAGUUUAGAGAGGAACUCUUGUGGAGAACUGGUUUAUUUUUUUGUCCUGUGUGAUGAGUUUCAGCAGGCCAAGAAAGGAGUCAAGUUACUAAAAAGCAUCACAUUUUAGAUCUCCAGGCCGUUUUUUCUGUAAGACUGGGGAAAGGAGAACGAUUUAUUCUGCCUUAAAACGAUGGCAAAUAAGUGAAGAUGACAUUUUUGUGAAUGUAGACUAUGAAUAUACUCCUAAUAGGUUAAAGUAGUCAUAAAAGGAGAUUGAGUAGAUGUUUUUCUGUUGUUAUGUAAGCAAUAAUUUUUUUCUGUGUCUUAUUGAGUAUGGCUAGCAAUUAUUUAUUUACAUGCUAGACGAUUCUCUGCAUGCGGGUUCCAUGUAAGUGCAGAAAUUUCCUCAGCCCCCGGCGGUAUUUGAUCAUUUUGUCAUUUGGAUGAGCUGUUGUUAGACUGAAAUUUACACAUCACUUCAUUAAAAAUUGUGCCUUAGAAAACGCGAAGCUGUUGCACAUAGCCAGUGAUGAAUUGUGGAUGCAGAACAUUGAGGAAAGAUGAAGUCACUUCCAAAUCCCAAGACUUCUCAUAGAGGUGUUUGCUGUUUUACAGGAGAAAAAAUGUUGAAAAAAUAAAAAUAAAAAUAGAAAAAAUUAAAAAGAAAAAAGUUUUGAAAAUGUACAGAUUAAGUCCAAUAUUUUGAUUAAGCACCUGCAUGUUUUAUUAAAUAUUUUGAUAAUGUGGAUGUUUACACUUUGCAUGAUAUUAGCAGAGUACUUUACCACAAAUAAUGCACAAAACAUGUACAAUAGGAUCAUUCAUAACCGAUUUUUAUAGAACACUUUUUACACGUGGAACUCCAUCCGUUAUGUAAGGAUUAUAUGAAUAUUGCACAUUCUCUUCUGGUUUCACAAACCCAUUUAUACAUAUUUCUUAGGGAGACUCAUUGUACAUGUAUUGAAGCUAGAAUCCAGUCAAGAAAAAUAAAGCCCUAUUCUCCAACUGCAAAACGUGCUUUCCCAUAAUGAACAAUAGUCACCAGCACAGAAUAAUCUCCAACAUUUUCUAAAUUCUAAUUGCCAACUGUUUCUAUUUAUAUUUGAUUUAUAUUUCAUUUGGAGUCUGUUACAUGGCAGCUUGGGCAGACUAGAUCUUGUUUUUUCCAAUGCAGCAUAAUGAGUAUGAUCUAUUUCUUUGCAAAUAAUCUUUGAGAUCCUAGGGGGAAAAAAAUGCUCUGCUCUGUUCAGCUACAAUGUAAAUGUGUUUGUUUAAAAAACAGAUAAGGCAACUCAGUGAUUUAUUGUUCCUGAGGAAAUAUAUCUGAUUUUUUCCCUCAUACUCCAAAAGCCAGUCCCUUCUCUUUUUUAAGAAAAAAUGGGUAACUCUUUGUUUUUCACUAGCAAACUUUCAUGACAUUUCCUCAUUCUUUCUAUGUAGUGUUAUUAAUGCAAUACGUAGUAUAGUUAUCGAUACACAGUCUAAGACUUAACGAACUGAAAUGAUCCACCUCCCAUGUGAGUCCGUCCGAAAGAUGUUACCGUUCUGGGUGGGCCAAUGUUCUAUGUCAGUUACACUAACCUUCAUUUAAAAUAUUUAUUCUAAAAUGCCUCUGAUAAAUAGUAAAAAAAUAAAAAUAAAAAGUUGUCUAAAAUGCAACAGCUUUUAUAGUAAAUGUACAUUUAUAAAUAAAAUACUCAAAUCAA